UGGCGCUUCACACUCUUCUUCCUCUUCUGCAGAGGUCUGGCGCCUCACACUCUUCUUCCGCUUCUGCUCUCGUCGUCUUUCUCUUCCUCUUCCUCUUCAAGUUCGGCUCGCCCGAGAUUGUUCCCGCUGCGAAUACUCUCGCAAUCGACAAUCGUCUUCCUCCUCUCGGGUAGUUUUGUUCGUCGAUUCUUAUGAAUUGUUGAGCGGUAGAAGACGCGGCGAUGGCCUGGGAUCCUGCGGAGCAGGAUAUUGAGAAGUUGUUGGAGGAUAUUCCCCGUAUCCUUCAUCUCGACGCUUACUAUGGCGGAGACGCGGAAGGUUCCCGUAUCUGUGACAAGAUUCUGAACGGGCUCUGCAAUAUCGGCGUGUCGCCGCGGUACGAGGGGGGUUCGUGCUCCGAUCGGUCGUCUUCGUCGUCCGGGUCGGGACCGGCAAGUCCCUCCCUGGUCGAAGGGGCCUGUAAGUCGGUGGACUCCAGCACGACGGGGGAGGAGGCAUUUUUGGUCGAGAAACUUCAAGAUGUGCGCCUCGGCGUUGAUCUGAAAGAACCGGUUUGUCCUCCGGCAUCGGCGACUCACAACCGAUCAAUUGGAUUUGACCAUAAUCGUCUUGUCGAUCAGGGAUGCGAGGCGUUCUUCAACCCUUUUGGACGAGAUUCUUUGAUUAAUUGGAACUGGAACCCGUCUCCACCUCAAUUGCAGGAGCAUUUUCCUGGAGCUGCGAACUUGGUAGAUCCGUUGCUCAGGAAGUCCUCUUAUGAAGCUGCAGAAUUGGGCACUGGUCUACUUCCAUUGGCGGAUUCUCGUUAUUGGCGGAACACUUCUGGAGAUUAUACUUCCUUUCUUAAUGAACCAUAUCCAAUCUCUGAUGCGUUAUUACAAUCAGAGAUGACUACAAUAGCUCCUUUCAGGGUUAUAAAUGCAUCGGAUGCCCUAAAAUUACCUAACAACUCCGCGAAGAUUACUAUUAAUGUUGGGCAUCAGCCAAUGAGAACGGUAAGGAACAUUCCUGAAGCAGGUUCUGCACGGGGAACGCGGCUUCAUUGCACAAGGAACCAAAGGAAUGCUCAUGGAACAUCUGUAAAGCGUCUUAGUCUUUUUCUCAAACAUGAAAGUCUGAUAAGUGUCACAGGGCACUUAUAUUUCCUUGCAAAGGACCAGCAUGGUUGUCGGUACUUGCAGCAGAUGCUUGAUGAAGGGAAGCAUCAGGCUGAUAUGAUUUUUAAUGGGGUUAUCGGUCACACAGUGGAGCUCAUGGUCGAUCCUUUUGGAAAUUAUCUCAUCCAGAAAUUGCUGGAAAAAUGCAAUGAAGAACAACUGACGAAGAUCCUACUCAUGCUUAACAAAAAUCCUACUAAUCUUGUUGAAAUCUCCCUAAAUAUUCAUGGGACCAGGGCAGUACAGAAGUUGAUAGAAACUGUGAAAACUAAGCGGCAUAUUUCAUUGGUUACAUCAGGUCUAAGAGUUGGGUUUCUAAAUCUUGUUAAGGACUUGAAUGGAAGCCAUGUUCUUCAACGUUGCUUGGAAACUUUUACAUCUGAGGAUAAUAAGUUCAUUUUUGAAGCUGCUGCAAUGUAUUGUGUUGACAUUGCUACUCAUCGACAUGGCUGCUGUGUGCUACAAAAAUGUAUACAUGAUUUUACUGGAGAAUACCAGCAAAAGUUAGUUGCAGUUGUUGCUGCUAAUGGCUUUGAACUAGCUGAAGAUCCAUAUGGAAACUAUGUUGUCCAAGCAGUGCUCGAAUUGGAGAAGCCUUUUGCACUUGCAAUCUUGGCAUCUCAAUUUCAAGGGAGAUAUGUUGAACUUUCCACCCAAAAGUUCAGCAGUAAUGUGGUGGAAAGAUGCUUCUCGUACUUUGGAAAAGAUUUUCCAGCCAUUUUCAUAAAUGAACUACUUUCUUUCCCUCACUUUGACCAAUUACUGCAACAUCCUUAUGCUAACUAUCCCAUCCAACGAGCCCUUGAAUAUUCCGAGGGUCCUUGCCAUGCUGCACUCGAUAAAGCCAUUCGUCCUUAUGCACCAAUUUUGAGAACAAACCCUCACUGCAGGCAGAUCUACUCCAAACUGCUUUCGAAAAAGUAACGUGGAUUCAGAGAUUGAUCAGGAAUAUCUGUUGUCGUAAAACUAUCUACGAACUAGUUAUAGUUUAGACAUCCUUUCUUAUUUAUCAAGUUCUAGAACUGUAAGAAUAAGUUUAAUGUUUAGCAAUGUGCUUACUAGUUGUUCUCGUGGUAGGUUGCUGUCUAGUUCACCAUGCAAAUUUUGUUGUACACUUUAAAGGUUGUUUUUCUCAGAUCAGCUGAAUUGUGAGACUGAAAAUGCU